AUGGGGCUCCGUCUCUGUGUACACAUGUCUGGAGAACCUGCAGCAGAAACUGCCACAGCCACGGAAGCACCAGUAAUUCACUCAGAUGUCCCACAGUCUCUUGGUUUACAAAGCAACCUCUGGUGCAUAAAUCCACGGAUCACACAGCCCCUGAGACACUCAGAUUCCAGUCCUGCUGAAGUCAUGACCUCUGGGGAUUUCAGCCCCACCUCCCUGUUCAGGGAAUCAAGCAGAAAAUUAUGGAAUCAACAAUACUUCACUUUAACAUUUCCCAAACCCCAGGCAGGUAGUAAAAAGAGAUUAAGACCUUCAGAAACACAAAUUGCAGUUCUUAGACAUGACAAAAGAAAUUUAGAUGAAGCUCAGAAGCCAGCUCAAUGGAUAAUACAUUCUUUAAGAAAAAAAUGUCAAAGGCCAUCUAUUAAUUUAACUAUCCAGAGACAGGCUUCAUUCAAGCAUUCUUAUGCUCUUAUUACCCAUUCCAAAAAGGCAGAAUCUAAAAAGUCCAAAGAUGACAAAAAAGGAACAAAUUUGAAGAAAGUUUCCAAGAAAGAUACAGGCCCACACGAAACAACUCUAGAAUCCAAGAAAACAGUAAAUAAUGAGAAACCUAAAAGAAGAAAUAAAGCAGAUAAAACUCCAUCAAAAUCAUCACAUGAAAGUCAACUAUAUAAGAAGUCAAAGUCCAAAUCAGAAACAAACCCAGAAUCCAAAGAUUCUAAGUCAGUCUCAAAGGAUAAAAAAAAAAAAAAAAAAGAUAAGAGAGAUUCAAAGGAUUCCAGGGAGAUGGAUUUUUAAUCCAUAUGUACAAAGAAGUAUUAUAAGAGCUCAAAGAACAAUUGUGAUGCCAAAUCAGAGAUUUGCUCAAAAAGUAGUUCAAAUAUGGAUUUAAUGAUGUAUUUAGAGGAGUCUGGUGCUGAACCCAUGGAAUUUGAUAUGUGGUUAAAUAACUACUCACAGAAUAAUUCAAAAAAGCCUCCAAAGAAGGACGCAAAAAAGGAUACAAAGGGGAAGGGCUCUGAUGCUGAAUCUGAAGAUUCAAAAGAUGCAAAGAAAGAUGAGAGGAAAGAUAAGAAAAGUGCAACGAAAGACAGCAAGAAGGGUGCAAAGAAGGACACAGAGUCUACUGAUGCAGAAUCUGGAGACUCAAAGGAUGCAAAGAAAGAUUCAAAGAAAGGUAAGAAAGAUUCAAAGAAAGAUGACAAAAAAGAUGGCCAGAAGGAUGCAGAAGAAUCUGUAGAUUCAAAACAUGCAAAGAAAGACUCAAAGAAAGAUGACAAGGAAAAGGAUGCCAAGAAGGAUGUCGUGUCUACUGAUGCUGAUUCUGAAUCUGAAGGGGAUACAAAAAUGGAAAAAGAUUCAAAGAAAGAUGACAAAAAGAAGUCUGCAAUGAAGUCUGAAGAGUCUACUGAAACCAAGUCUGAUUGGGAAUCAAAGAAGGACAAGAAGGAUUCAAAGAAGGUUAAGCAAGAUUCAAAACGAUGCAACAAGAAGGAUGCAAAGAAGGACCUAGAGUCUAGUAAUGCUUAAUCUGAUGUGUCUUCCAAGAAAAACCUAAAGAAGCCUGAAACAUUCAAAAGUUCAGAUGCUGAAUCUGAAGAGUCACUAUAUAAACUUAGGCCUAAAAAGAGAGUUGAUGAAUCAGAUGCCACAUCUACAGAUUCAAAGAAGGAAGCACUGGAACCAAGGAGAAAUUUCAAAAUGCCAUCCAAAAGGACUACAUUCAAAGAAAAAGGGAAAAAAUUAGGUACAGGUAGAGUUCCUCCAUCAAGAGAAAGACCACCACUACUUCCCUGUGAGCCUUUACUGCCAUCACCUAGGGCCAAACGUCUCUGUGGGUGCCAGAUGCCUCCUCCUCCUCCAAAGCCAAGAUAUGAUCCUUUGCCUAUUAGUACCAGGAGCUUACCCACACACCAGCAGGCUAGCACUAGUCCAGGAACUACCAAGGCUGAGCAGCUAGCUGUGAGGGGACCUGAGCUGGCCCUACAGUGGGCCAGCACCAGGCCCAGGUCCCCUGGCCUCACAGCCACCUGCCCCAGGACACAGCCUACCCACCAGUGGGCUAACACUGGCCCUGGACCCCUCCAGAUCCAGAGCCAGCUUCUAAAUUGGUAA